UCUGAGCCCUUUUAACCAAUUUGAUAGUAAUUGCAUACGUGCGCCCUACGCACGUCGGCGUACAUUUUGUCUUCACACAUAUCAAAACCUAACAGCCUUCUUCUUUUGCUUCCUUUUCUGAACACUCACCUCCUGCUUUCCUGCACAUUUCGAAACGAAAGCGAUCAUUUAAAUCUCUGAAACUUCACCUACAAAUCUAAUCUCAUAUACAUAAAUGGCCGUACACAGGAUCGAAAGAGCAGAUCUAUGGAAGAACAAUGCGCGAGUACUUCAGCUCCGCCUCAAAGAGCGGUUCCGAGUGGCGGUGGACAGGCAUCGUCCACCGAUAUUUGCCGAUGGUUACUUCUCGUCGAAGGUAAAUCGGUGGCUCACUCGCUUCCGUGACUUUCGCGAAGGUUCUAUGCAGUCUUCUUCAGCCUUUUAUCGUAAAAGAGUUAGUAAGGACUUCAAGAUUGAAGAUGAUUCUGUGAUCGUUCGCAUGCUUCAGUCUGUUGCUGUUCCUCUCAUUGGAAAUAUGUGUCAUAUAUUUAUGAAUGGCCUGAAUCGUGUUCAGGUGUAUGGGUUAGAGAAAUUACAUGAAGGAUUGCUUCAUAGGCCCAAGAACAAGCCUCUCUUAACGGUUAGCAAUCAUGUUGCUUCUGUGGAUGAUCCAUUUGUUAUUGCUUCACUACUCCCUCCAAGAGUGCUUUUAGAUGCUCAUAACUUAAGAUGGACACUUUGUGCAUCUGACCGUUGUUUCCGUAAUCCUGUGACUUCUGCAUUUUUUCGAUCUGUCAAAGUAUUGCCUGUCUCUCGCGGGGAUGGAAUUUAUCAGAAGGGCAUGGAUUUGGCUAUAGCGAAGUUGAAUAGUGGUGGAUGGGUUCAUAUUUUCCCAGAGGGAAGCCGGUCUCGUGAUGGUGGAAAAACUAUGGGAUCUUCGAAGAGAGGUGUUGGGAGGUUAGUCCUUGAUGCUGAUACUGUUCCAAUGGUCAUCCCAUUUGUACACACUGGGAUGCAGGAAAUCAUGCCUAUAGGAGCCAACUUCCCAAGGAUUGGCAAGACGGUGACCGUGCUUGUCGGCGACCCCAUCCAUUUCGAUGAUUUGCUUAAUGCAGAAGGAAUAGAAGACAUAUCAAGAGGAAAGCUAUAUGAUGCUGUAGCUUCUAGAAUUGGCAGUCGACUACUUCAACUCAAAGUUGAAGUCGAGAAGUUAGCAAUUGAACAGUCUAUCAGGCUGCAACAUCCUGAUGCAGGAAGCACAGAGAGAGCAGCUGCCAAUAUGUUACAUCAAGUUGAUUGGGACUCAUUUGGUAUGGGAGGCAACGAGUUUACUGAAGAUAGUAAAUCGAGAUCUGAAAUCCAACCAAAGCCAAAUGUUCUCUCUCAUCAGGAUUCCGUUUCUUCUGACAAAUAUAUUAUUAGAUCACCGGAAUCUGGAAUUAUUUCAAGGAUGCAUGCUUAUAUGGACUCAACUGAGCUACUAGGUUUUGCAGCCAGAGGUUUAUUUAUGAAACUUAGGGAAGGGGAAAAUAAUCCCAGUGUUACAGAUACAAACCCACUGAGAGCAUGGAAACAGUAUUUCAAUGCGAGCCUACUAAAAUGGAAUAGUUGCUAACAAAAUUACUUGGCAGUGCAUACAGUAGUUAAAAAUUUUGAUUUUAGUGUAAAUAAAAUGAGAUUUUGAUCGGAA